GUUUUCUUACUAAAGCCCACGCCAUUGAAUGCCUACAAAUGCAUAUCCGCCUGCAACUUCCGACAACUGUCGUUGACCCCAUUUCUCAUUUGUUUACCAACUCCCCACUCGACCCUUAAAACAGCAUGCCAACGCCCCAGUUAACUGGAGUAUAUCUUGGGCAAUUGUCCAAAUGCUUCUUUAUGAAAUCGAUUAUCUUCAGCACGAGAAAAUGCCCCCUACCCCGUCAGAAACAUUAGGACAGCCCUUGCUAGACUGGCUUUAUGCGUCCACUACCGAUCAUUACUUGAUUGUCCCGUUUUUACCUAGUCAGCAUUGGGACCUACUAUCUUUUUCUUCUCUAGUCCCCUUUUAGGGUUUUUACUUCCAUAACUAAAAAAUCAUAGUAAAAAGUAAUCAUUCUAGCACCUUCAGCUCAGAUUCCUGCGAUUUGUCAGUUGUUGACUGAGAUAGUUUCAACGCAAAAAAAAUUUGAACCUACCCAAAUUUGAACAAUAGAUUCCUCUCGAUCAACUUGAUCGAUUUACACGAUGGAAGCACAAAUCAGAGAAGUAACGCUUGUUAUAUUUAGCUUAAUAAGGUUUUGGUAGUUCUCUAUC